AUGAGUAAAUCAAUUACUCACCUCGUUUUGGAUACUGGUGGGAUUAUAUGCUCAAGCUCUCUUUUGAGGAAUUCUGCUGAGAAAUUUUAUACUACACCUCGAGUUGUUCAAGAAAUUCGAGAUGAAGCUUCACGUAGAAAUUUUGAGCUCUGGGGCGGUAAAGUCAUCCAGCGAGUUCCCAAGCAAGAGUUUAUAAAAAAAGUUUCUGAUUUUGCAAAAAAAACUGGUGAUUUUGCUUCUUUAUCCAUUACAGAUAUUCACAUCCUUGCCCUGACGUACGAACUUGAAUUUGAAUUCAAUGGAGGAGAUUGGAGACUUCGUCAAUAUCCCGGUCAGAAGCGAAUUAACGGAAAGCCUCCGGCUAAUCUUAACAAUGAAUUAAAUGGAAAAGAAAACUCGUUGCCACUCGAAGACAAGAAGGAAGCUGUGGAAAAGUCUGAACAAAACCAAGAAUCGGUGAUGGAGCAGCAAAAGAGGGAUGAAAACGAAAAUGAAAAUGGUGCUUCUAGCAGUGAUGAAAAUCCGAAAUUAACGGAGGAAGAACAAGAAGACCGAGAGGAGGAAGAUGAUGGUUGGAUUACGCCUUCCAAUAUUCGCAAGAAGAAGGCCCAGGAUGGUGCUGGUGAAAGCGUCGUUCAACCGUCUCACUUGAAGGUUGCAUGUGCAACAACUGACUUUGCUAUGCAAAAUGUUAUGUUACAAAUAGGCUUAAAUUUGGUUUCUUCAGAUGGAAUGAAGAUUCAAAACGUUAAGCGCUUUGUACUUCGCUGUCAUGGUUGCUUUGCUGUUGUUAAUGACAUGUCGAAAACGUUCUGUCCUUCCUGCGGAGGUGAUACCCUAAUCAAAACCACCUGUAGCAUAAAUUCCAAAGGUGAAUUUCAGGUCCACUUGAAAAAGAACUUUGAAUGGAAGACCCGCGGUACGAAAUAUGCUAUCCCUAAACCAGUUCACGGUACAGCAAGUGGUAAAGGUAAGAAAAAUCCUGUUUUGCGUGGGGAUCAGCCGGAAUAUCAAAAGGCUGUUCGUUAUAUGCAGCGCAAGAAGGAAGUCGAUCUCAUGGACCAAGAUUAUUUGCCUUCUCUGUUGACCGGUGCCCCCAAGGAACAUAUGCGUAUCAGCGUUGGUGCUGGUAGAAAGAAUCCAAACGAGGUUCGUAAAACAAGACACUGA